AUGGCUAUUAUACUUGUAUUACACUGGCGGUCAAAAAAAUGGGGUGUGCGCAAAGAUGAAACCCCACGUGUCAAUGCCAGUGUCAAUACUGUCAAUACCUGGCAUGGAAGACUGAAUAGCCAAGCUUCUUUCAUCUUCUACUCUCUGGCUUCCUUGGAGCCUAGUGUUCUCUUCUUCGUUUUCAACCGUGACCCGAACCCCUUGACCCUUCGAUACAAAAGCGUGUCAUUCUUUUCAACCAAGAAGGCGUAA